UGCUGGUAUCUAUCUGGUGUGUGUGAGUGUGUGUGUGAGUGUGAGAGUGUGAGUGCUUCGGCUGCUGCUUGUCACUCAUUGUGCCGCGGACACGGGAAGCGACAAGGACCAAAAACUGAGUCCGGUGGCAGUUGUCGUCCCUGGGAAAGGAAAAGGCUGAUAUCUGUACCUCCCCCCCCCACCCCCCACCACCAACCACACUCAGCUCCGGAGAGAGACACCGCGUGUUUUAAAGUGCGUCUGUUCUGCUAAAGGAGAAUAUCUGUGACAUUACAAUGCUGCAAACAAGGGACAUCAUCUGGGGAUUGCUGUUCAUUGGCUGCGCAGCCGCCAUCCGGGUGGAAAUCACUCCGACGCAAGGAGAGAUCAGCGUGGGAGAGUCCAAAUUCUUCCUCUGCGAAGUGGUGGGAGAUGCUAAAGACAUAGACUGGUAUGCGCCCAGCGGGGAGAAGAUCCUUCCCAACAGGCAGGACAUCUUUGUGAGCCGCAGCGAUGAAUCCAUGUCCACCCUCACCAUAUACCACGCCAACGUGGACAGCGCUGGCAUCUACAAGUGCGUGGCAAAGAACGGGGAGAAGGAGGCGCAGGCCACCGUCCAAGUGAAGAUCUUCCAGAAGAUCACCUUCGAGAGCGCCCCGAGCCAGCAGGAGUUCAACGACGGCGACGACGCCGAGAUAGUCUGCGACGUGAUCAGUUCACCGCCACCCACCAUCAUCUGGAAGCACAAGGGCGCCAAGAUCCAACUCGCCAAAGACGUUCGCUUCAGGAUCAUGAUGAACGGCCACCUGCAGAUACGCGGCAUCAAGAAGACGGAUGAGGGCAUGUACACCUGCGAGGCCCGGGUCAUGGCCAGGGGAGAAAUCGACUUCAGGAUGAUCAAGGUCGUCAUUAAUGUGCUUCCCACCAUCCGGGCCAGGCAGUCAGAGGUCAACGCCACAGCUGACAUCGGGGGCUCGGCUCUGUUGGCCUGUGAUGCCGACGGCUUCCCUGAACCCACCGUCACCUGGGCACAUAACAACGUCGUCCUUGAAACGGGCGAUAAGUACGGCCUGAACGAGGACGGCUCAGAAUUGGAAAUAAAAGAUGUCACGAAAGUGGAUGAAGGAGAAUACACUUGCAUCGCCAGGAACAAGGCGGGGGAGAAGGCGGAGGAAGUCAGCCUCAACGUGUUUGUGCAACCGAAGAUCACCUACUUGAACAACCACACUGCCUCCGAGUUUGACGAGCAGGUCACGCUGACCUGCGAGGCCUCGGGCGACCCCACGCCCACCAUCUCCUGGAGCUUUCAGAACAGGGUGUUUACCGAAGGAGAGCAGGAUUCGUGGACGCGACCAGACACAUACGAGAGCCUUGACAGGAACAUCGUGGUGCGCAGCCACGCGCGGAUCUCCUCUCUCACCUUGAAAAAUGUGCAGUUCACGUACGCCGGCCAGUAUCUCUGCACCGCCAGCAACUCCAUCGGCCAGGACAACCAGCACAUGCACCUGGAAGUUCGCUAUGCUCCAAAGAUCCUGGGUGGGGUGAUGACGUACACGUGGGAGGGAAACACAGCCAACAUCAGCUGUGAGGUGGAGGCUCACCCCGGAGCGUCAGUCGUCUGGUUCAGAGAAGACCUGCCGCUGCCCAGCGCCAACGCCACCAACAUCAAGAUCUACAACACGCCGACCGGCAGCAACCUGGAGAUCACCCCUGAUUCCGGUGACUUCGGGAGCUACAACUGCACGGCAGGAAAUGCAAUGGGCACCGAGCACAAGGAAUUCCUUCUCAUCCAAGCAGAUGUGCCAUCAUCGCCAGAAAUUCAAUAUGUGGAACCUUUCUCGAGCACAGCAGUGGCCGUGUUUGAGGAGCCCGACGCCACUGGAGGGGUUCCCAUCACCAAGUACAAGGUGGAAUGGCGUUUGCCCGGCCAGGAUUGGACUGGCAGGGAGUAUGAAGCCGACGACGACACGAGCAGGAUCACCAUCGUUGGCCUGAAACCAGAGACCACCUACGAGCUCAAGAUGUCGGCCAUCAACGGCAAGGGCGAAGGCGAGAGCAGCGAGGCCAAGACCUUCAAGACGGAGCCAGUCCGCUAUUCUUUUACAAUUUCAUCAGCGAUUCCUCCCACUACCGCUGCCACCAGUCUGGCCAGUAAAGGGGAACCCAGUGCUCCCAUACUAGAGCUCAACGUCCAGAACAGGGGCAAUUCCCUUAAGGUCAACUGGAUCAAACAGGACGAUGGCGGUUUACCCAUCAAGCACUACCUGGUCAGAUACAAGGCUAAACACGCAUCUGACUGGAAACCAGAGAUCCGCCUCCCCAACGUCAGCGAGUACGUGGUGCUGAGCGGCCUGGACUGGAACACAGACUACGAGGUGCACGUGGUGGCGGAAAACCAGCAGGGCAAGUCCGAGCCUGCCACCCUCGCCUUCAGGACAACCACAGAGCCCACCACCGUCCCAGCUACCCUCGGUUGCCAGUGUGUGACGUCCAGUCUGGCAGCUCUCCUGCUGUCCAUGCUCACUGUGCACUGGCUCUCAUAAACUGAUUUUGUUCAAGGAGAAAGAGGAUAGUCUGAGCCGGUGAAAUCUUUGGGCCCGGACCCCUUUGCUUUCUAUGCCUUUUUGACCCUUGUGCAGCCACACACAAGAUUAAAAAAAACGAUGAAGACAGGGACGCUGGAGGUGACUCAGAGUUGAGGGUGCUGAGAGAAUAUAUAAUGCAUUCAUUGGUUUUUACUGUUAAUUUGAAUGGCCCGCAACAUUUUAUACCAGUUUUAGGAGAUUUUACACGACAACAGGCGGCCACUAAAAUCUGUGAUCCUCUCAGCUCACGCUAACGUUAUUUGGGCCACAUUCUACAUUUGUGCAUCAGGCCGAACAGAAAAUACACAGAAUAUUCUGAAAUCAAAUAUUAUAAAUAAAAUGGCGUACCAUGAUUUUUUUGCUGUGGAGGGGACACCCAGAAACAAUUGGUGCAACAUCUGGAAGUCAAGCUCCCAGAGAAAAUAACCAUUUACAUUUUUAGCCUUAACGGGUCAACCACUGCUUGAUUAGCACGUCCACACGGCACAGAUGAAAACAUUAAAUUGAAUUUGUUAGGCCUACUUCUAUGCUACCAUCAAAAUAGUUGUGUAGAAGAUUAAAUCUCUUAUUGAUUUGUGUCGUUAAAGGUUUUGCCUUGUAGUUACAGCCCCUGGCCUGUAGGGGCUGCUGCAGCCCCCUCAGCACCCCUCCUUCCAGCGUCCUUGGACGAAGAGUUGCGAUAUUGGUUUCAUGAUGUUAUUACAGGGUGCUCAGUACUUGUAUUAUUCUCAACUUCUGGGGGUUUAGACUCUGUUAAUAUUCGUUUUCAUAUAAUUUUUUUUUGUUCAUGUCUACACAAUGAAUAGAUCCAGAGAGGGACACGUUUAGAGGGUUUUGUCAUCGUUACACGACGGACAUGGGUGCUUCCUCUGAGAUACAGUGUGAACAGAGUGUUGCUGCUUUGUUUUAGAUACAGUUAGCACAUUCAUAAUGCCUUAAUGUGAUCUCAAGAGGGGAGAUAAAAUCAAAAAAUAAUUACCCGACACCGUUUAAUCACGUGUCCACGGUGUCCUAACCAGGAACGGCAAUCGCAAAGAGACUUUUAUUUUGGAAUUUAUUGCCUAACAAACAGACACACGCCAUUCUGAUCUUAUGUCACGGACGACAUACAAGCAUGACAAGUGCAUGAGAGCCGACACGAGGCAUGAUCCGGUGUUCAUGAAUGUGCUUAUGCAGCUGCUUCCAACUUCCCCCAGUCGAGCAUUAUGAAUGUGGUAACUCAAGCGUUGAGUGCAAAUGCCGUGCCUAAUUUCUGUUUUAUUAUGUUUUUUGUGUUUUUGGGGAGGGGGGGGGGAUACAAGCUUGAGAAAUCCUGCUGGACAAAGAUGCGGAGGGAAAAACAUUUGCAGAGAAAUGUAGUAUUGAUUAUGGUCAGAGUACUCGUUUUUUUCAGGAGACUUUAUUACUCGUCAAUAUUACAUAUUAUGCUCACGUUCAAAUACAUUGUUAUGUAACCGCCUUGUCAGAAGAGAGAGGUUCCGAAGGUUGUGCAGAGAAACUAAUCAUGUUUUUGUGACCGUGUACAUACUCUUUUCACACUGAGAAACGCAAGAAAUCAGCUGUUAUUUUGACGGUUCAUUGUUCUCUUUUUACCUGGAAGCAGAGAAAUGUCUAAAAAAAAAAGACAACGCUGACGUGCAACAGCUGUUAAAAACAUUAAAAAUAAUUCAUUUUCAAUUAUGUGACAUUUAUUUUAAUUCUCUGAGACAUUUUUGUAA